AAAAGUUAGGCAGUCCUUAUAGGUAUGGAGCCGAGCUAAUUUCCUUCUGAGCCCCACAAAUGCCUCCUCCAUAUGGCAGGUCCGCAAAUGGGGGUAUCUGCAGAGGAUCACCCCUCACGAAAAAGACAUGCAGCAGAAAAGCAAAAAAAGAAAACAAUUAUAUACACAAAAUGCUAUGAAUUUGAGUCGGCCACACAGCGCCCGAUUGACCGCCAGCGAUACGACGAGAACGAGGACUUGUCGGACGUGGAGGAGAUCGUCAGCGUCCGCGGCUUCAGCCUGGAGGAGAAGCUUCGCAGCCAGCUGUACCAGGGGGACUUCGUGCACGCCAUGGAGGGCAAAGAUUUCAACUAUGAGUACGUACAGAGAGAAGCUCUCAGGGUUCCCCUGAUAUUUCGAGAAAAGGAUGGACUGGGAAUUAAGAUGCCUGACCCUGAUUUCACAGUCCGAGACGUCAAACUCCUAGUGGGGAGUCGGCGGCUUGUGGACGUGAUGGAUGUGAACACCCAGAAGGGCACAGAGAUGAGCAUGUCCCAGUUUGUGCGUUACUACGAGACGCCUGAGGCCCAGCGGGACAAGCUGUACAACGUCAUCAGCCUAGAGUUCAGCCACACCAAGCUGGAGCACUUGGUCAAGCGUCCGACUGUGGUAGACCUGGUGGACUGGGUGGACAACAUGUGGCCCCAGCAUCUGAAGGAGAAGCAGACAGAAGCCACGAAUGCCAUUGCAGAGAUGAAGUAUCCGAAAGUGAAGAAGUAAGACCGCCUGGCUGGUGGCCAGAGCUGGGAGGGGUGACCCCCAGGCUUGGGGAGGUGGGAAGGAGGCUCCUGGCCAUCAAUGAAGGCUUGAACAUCACGACCGCUCCCGUUCAGAACUGAAGGACUGUGCCUGUGGGGGGCACAGCUGGGACAGGAGGGACGGGGUCCUUCGCGUGUGCCCGUUGGCUGCAGGGGCUCUGAUCUCUGCUCUGGGACCAGCUCCCCUGGGGAUCUGUGAUCUGAGGAGGAGUGAUGACAGACACCUCUGCAUCGGUGUAUGUGUCUAUACGCAAGGGCACAACUGUGCAUGCUUUUCUGCACUCCCUCCGUGAGACUGUGUCCUGGGAGUGGGCAUUUCCGGGGAACCUACCCACAUUGGAUGCUUUGGUUUUGGUGAGCGAUGGGGAAAGACUUGGUGUCCUUUUCUUCCUUGGUGUUGAGACCUUGGAGCUCGUACCCAAAAGAACCUUUCCCAAACAUAGUCCAGGGGCCACCUACUCACCUGACACACCUUAGACGGUGCCCUCUGAGCAGGAGGUUGGCGCUAGGUGGAGAAGUUAACCAUGGUUUGUUUGUUUAUUUAUUUACUUUCUGAGACAAGAGUCUUGCUCUGUCUCCCAGGCUGGGGUGCAGUGGCACGAUCUCAGCUUACUGCAACCUCCGCCUCCUGGGUUCAAGCAAUUCUCCUGCCUCAGCCUCCCAAGUACAGGCGUGAGUCACGGUGCUUGACCAACCAUGGUUUAAUAGCAAAGACAUCACAACAUGUGGCAUGACCAGCCACAUGGACUGAUUAUUUAACAUGGGCUGUAGCAUCUUUGAGCUCCUCCAUGUUCAAGGAGUUGAGUAACAGAACUUUUGGGAGGAGGAAGUCACCUUUGGGGCUUCCAGCUCUGUUUCCAACUCUGACAGGGGUAAGAGGCCAGGUGUGGUGGCUCACACCUGUAAUCCCAGCACUUUGGGAGGCUGAGUCGGGGGAUCACGAGGUCAGGAGUUCGAGACCAGCCUGACCAACAUGGUGAAACCCCGUCUCUACUUAAAAUACAAAAAUUGGCCGGGUGUGGUGGCGCACGCCUGUAAUUCCAGCUACUCAGGAGGCUGAGGCAGGAGAAUCUCUUGAACGUGGGAGGUGAAGCUGGUAGUGAUCGAGCUGUUGCGCUCCAGCUUGGGCGACAGAGCGAGACUCUCUCAAAAAAAAAAAAAAAAAAAAAUGAAGGGGAAGGAGACACAAGCUGUCCCAGGCAGGGCGAUUGCUCUGGGCUUCCUAGAAGAGUUGGCGCUGGCGGCCUGAAUCCAUUAGCAUCUCUCUGCUCAGCCCUGCUGCCAGGAAUGCCCCCAGGAGCUUCAAGGCUGUGAACUUUUCAUUCACUCAGCCCUUAAUUCAGUGCAUAGUGAGUGCAGACUGCGUGCCAGACUUUGUAAGGGAGGCCAGCAGGCUGGCCCUUGGGCUUCUCAAGGUUUUGCUUUCAAGCUCUCUCUCUC